AGACGAGCCCGCAAUAAGCUUGCUUCCGCCAAGUACAGAGCCAAGAAACAAGCACUGACACAUGCAAUGCAAGAUCGCAUUAUGCAGCUUGCCACACAGGUCAUGUCCCUUCGUGAUGAAUUAUCUCAGACAAGAAAAAACGAGACCGAGUUAUUAGACAGAUACGAAAGAUUAGUGACAUAUUAUCAG